AUGCUGGGCUGGAUCGAGCGGGUGGUUCCCCAGCCCCCGGCACCCCGUCUGACGGGAGAGACCCCUCCGGCCCCGGUGCGGGACCCGGAGCCAGCUAAGGUCCCAAUGGGAAAGGCCGGUGGCCCCGGGGAUGCUGCUGAGCGUGCACGUGCUGCCAUUGAAGAAAUGGAAAAGAAGGUGGGAUUUGUGAUCCCCGAGGACCCAGGCUCUGUGUUUGAGAGUGUGGGGAGCAGUGUGCUCUCCUGGCUCUCCCAGGGGCUGGAGAAGGUGAUUCCCCAGCCGGUCCCAGCCCCAGGGACGCUGCAGGCACUCGGGAAGAGCUUCGAGACAAGCAUCGAUGUUCCCGAUCAGACGGAGGUCCAGAUCCUCAGGGACGAGGAAGAGGAUGCUCUGGAGAUAACCCCCUUCGAUCCGGAGGAGGACGAGCUGGAUGGCUGCGAGUCUGAGGCCGGCUCAGAUACUGGCACGGAGGAGUGGGCAGGAGCACGGGUGCUCAGCUGGCUGGUGCAGGGCUUCGAGAGGAUGGUGCCGCAGCCAGAGAUGCUGAAAAAGCUGGAGCUGGAGACGAAGGAGCAGAAGUGCGAAGCCGCGGCGGGAGGCACAAAAGGAACUAAAACCUGGGCAAAGUCAAAAAGCAGCGUUUCAGCCGCCCAGAGUAUCCCGGUAGCAGCGGAGCCAGCAGCGGCCGAGGGGCAGCCAGAGCCGGUGGCCACCCUCAUGCCUCGGUCCCUGGCUGGGGACGGCAGCAGGGUGUUUGCCUGGUUGGUCCAGGGGCUGGAGAAGGUGAUGCCGCAGCCGGUGACCAGGGAGAAGCAGGACACACAGGCAGUGGCCACAGCAACCUUGAGUCCCGUGGAAGAAACGCUGAUAUCAAGGUCCGUCCUCGAGCUGUGCCGGACGAUGUUUGCCAAGCUGGUGGGAUUUGAUCAAAGAAUUACAAGGGAAUUCAAACCUGCUGCCUUCAUCACCCCCUUUGACAUGUUUGCUGCUGAGCUGGAGGGUGUUUGCCAAGCCUGGUUUCAUAUUGUCCUUGGGGAACCCGAGGAGACCAACCUUGUCCUGGAAGAGGUUGAUGACGACUGGAUUAAUGAAGCCACGUGCGAGAUGAUGGCCUGGGGUCGCGAGGCUGAGCUGGUGGCAGAUGCUCAUCCCCUUCCUCCCAUACAGGAGGAACCUCAGGAAGAAGAAAACAGGCUGUGGUUGUGCUCCCUGAGCGCUGCCGAGGAGGAGGAGGAGGAGGAAGAGGAAAAGGAGGAGGAGGGGGAGGAAGAGGAGGAGGAGAAGAAGGAGGAGGCGGCGGAGGACAGUGCCGGACCCCUGCUCCGGUCACCUUGUCUCACCGCUGAUGAGGGUGUGGAUGAAGUCUACUUUGCAGAGGAGGCCCUCAGGUUUGAGCAGCUGGAAGAAGCUGAGAUAAGUGAUCUCGAAGGUGCUUUUCUACAGGAGGUAAUGGGUUGCAAGCCAAAGGCUGGAGUUGUCAACCCUAAUUUUUGCAAUGAGGAGCAAUCCCCCCUAGGCAAUUACCCCACCGUGGACAUCAAGGAUGCGGACAGCGGAGGCGAUGCUGUGGAGAACGACGGUACCCACUUACCGGUGCCCACCGCCGGUGCUCCCAACAUGCUGGUGGUGCCCAGCGCGGCGCCGGCAUCCCCCAGAGGAAAAGUGACCCUGGUAGGAGAAGUGGAAACAGAUGAGACCUGGGAAGAGGAAGAGGAGGAGGAGGGAGAGGAGCUGGCUGAAGAUGGGGGACAAGCCGAGCAGGACAAGCUGAGCCUCGGUCACUGUGCUUGUGUCCGCAGGAGGAAGCUGCCAGCCCCGGAGAACGGUCUGGACGAGGGACUGGCGAGCCAGUUGCCCACACGAGCGCUGCUGGGCUGGGACGAGGAGCAGAGGGAAGGCCUGCCCGAGCGCAUCGGUUCAGCCACGAGCCUGAGCAGCGCUGUCAUCAACAACCGGCUCCAGGAGCUGGUGAAGCUCUUCAAAGAGAGGACCGAGAAGGUGAAGGAGAAGCUGACCGACCCCGAUGUCAGCUCGGACGACGAGAGCCCUGCGGCAUCCCCCACCAAGCGGGCGCCUGCAGCAGCACCGGUGCCUCCCCCAGGAGGGGAGCCAGAGGGGGACAAACCGGCGGGGGACGAGCACUACUGCGAGAUGCUGUGCUGCACGUUCAAGUACCGGCCCUGGCUGGACCGCCUGAAAAACUACCAGUUCCCCACCAGCAUCGACCCACUUACCAAUCUGAUGUACGUGCUGUGGCUGUUCUUCGUUGUCAUGGCCUGGAACUGGAACUGCUGGUUGAUCCCCGUCCGCUGGGCUUUCCCCUACCAGACGCCGGCAAACAUCCACUGCUGGCUGCUCGUGGACUACCUCUGCGACCUCGUCUAUCUGCUGGACAUCCUCAUCUUUCAGACCCGGCUGCAGUUCGUCCGGGGGGGAGACAUAAUAACCGAUCAAAAGGCCAUGAAAGAGAACUACCUGCGAUCCCAACGCUUUAAGAUGGAUGUGGUGUGCCUCCUGCCCCUGGAUUUCUUCUACUUCAAAGUCGGUGUCAACCCGCUCCUGCGCUUUCCUCGCUGUCUGAAGUACAUGGCCUUCUUCGAGUUCAACAACCGCCUGGAGGCUAUCCUGAGCAAGGCGUACAUCUACAGAGUGAUUCGGACCACUGCCUAUUUACUGUACAGCUUGCAUGUGAACUCCUGCCUCUAUUACUGGGCAUCAGCCUACGAAGGACUGGGCUCCACCACCUGGGUCUACGAUGGGGAAGGAAACAGCUAUAUCCGCUGCUAUUACUGGGCAGUCAAAACCCUCAUCACCAUCGGGGGCCUGCCGGACCCCAAGACACUGUUCGAGAUCGUCUUCCAGCUGCUGAACUACUUCACAGGCGUCUUUGCUUUCUCCGUCAUGAUAGGGCAGAUGAGAGAUGUGGUCGGCGCCGCUACCGCAGGGCAAACUUACUAUCGGAGCUGCAUGGACAGUACCAUUAAAUACAUGAACUUCUACAAAAUCCCCAAAACUGUUCAGAACCGGGUGAAAACGUGGUACGAGUACACGUGGCAUUCACAAGGCAUGCUAGAUGAGUCAGAGCUGCUGGUGCAGCUGCCGGACAAGAUGAGGCUGGAUAUCGCCAUCGACGUGAACUACAACAUCGUGAGCAAAGUGGCCCUCUUCCAGGGCUGCGACAGGCAGAUGAUCUUCGACAUGCUGAAGCGGCUCAGAUCGGUGGUCUACCUGCCUAAUGACUACGUGUGUAAGAAGGGAGAAAUCGGCCGCGAGAUGUACAUUAUCCAGGCGGGACAAGUGCAGGUGCUGGGGGGACCCGACGGCAAAACCGUGCUGGUGACUCUGAAAGCCGGAUCCGUGUUUGGAGAAAUAAGCUUGCUGGCGGCAGGAGGGGGAAAUCGCCGAACAGCAAACGUCGUAGCUCACGGCUUCGCUAACCUUUUCAUUUUGGAUAAGAAGGACUUGAACGAGAUUUUGGUGCAUUAUCCGGAGUCUCAGAAGCUGCUGCGUAAGAAGGCCAAGAAAAUGCUGAAAAACAACAAUAAACCCAAAGAUGAGAAAGGAGCGCCUGGAAACCCCCUGAUCAUCCCCCCGAAAGCUGACACCCCGAAGCUCUUCCAGGCUGCGCUGGCCGCCACGGGGAGGAUGGGGGGCAAAGGGCCGCUGGCGCAGCUCCGGUGGAGGCUGAAGGAGCUGAAGGCGAUGCAGGCGACGCAGGGUUCCAGUUUCAGUCCGAUCCCACCGAAAUCACCAGUGCACCAGAGAUCGCCUGUCACCUCCCACAAAGCACGCACCCGCCCGGGAGAAGAAAUAUUCUCAAAAUCUUCUGAUAGUUUAGUCACCACUCGUGUGAUUUCUACGGCACAAGAGGAUGAAGAAAUCCUUGCUGCUGAGAUUUUGGAGAAAGAAGAAGAAGAAAAAGAAGAGAAAUGAAAAACAAGCAGGUCCGGGGGCAGGAGUAGGAGUCAGGCAAAAGCCUGGGGUAGAAGCUUUUUGUCGUUAACAAUUUCCACGCAGUGGCUGUAGGCUUUGCUAAGUGCCGCAGGUAGGAUCUGCCUUUCUUUUCUGCCUAGACCUUCACGCACUGUUGAUAAAACUCUCUGCCAUAUGACCCAGAACCAUACAAGGUGUCCGUGCUCCGGAGAUCUAUUUUUAUUGAGUGUCUUUAUGAAUAUUCCCACUAAAUCUCAGGCCAGCCCUCUUGCUUCGAAAUCCAGCCUUAUGGAGAGGGAGCCCUGAAGAAAUUGCUUUUUAUGGCUCUGGAUGGUUAAUGAGUGUUCAGAUAAAGUGUGAAGAGUUAUUCACCUCUGACAGCUGAGUCACUGCUUGGCCAGAAAC